AUGGCCAACUCUGCUUCAGCCGGGGGCGAGUCCUCCCGACCGUCGCAAAUCCCGUACUGGCGCUUCAUCUUCGACCAAAAAGUGGUGACAGAAGAGGUUGCCUCGUUCCCGUAUGCAGGCUUGGGCACCGACGAGGACCCAUUUGUGGUGGUUUGGCUACCGCGCGAUCCUCGAAACCCAAUGAAUUUUAGCUCUUUCAAGAAAUGGGCUAUUACAUUCCUGGUAUCAUUUGUCACGCUGGCAGUAGCGCUUGUUUCUUCGGCGUACUCAGGCGGCGUUCGUCAAAUUAUCGAAGAGUUCAACGUGGAACAAGAGAUUGCCAUCCUUGGUGUGUCAUUGUUCGUGCUCGGGUUCGCAAUCGGCCCCUUAAUCUGGGCGCCGAUGAGUGAGAUCUUCGGCCGUCGUCAUGUCUUCACUUUCACCUAUGCUUGCUUGACUGCAUUUAAUGCAGGUGCUGCUGGUGCGAACAACAUCACAACUUUGAUCAUCUUACGCUUCCUGGCGGGUUGUUUCGGUUCGUCACCGUUCGGAAAUGCAGGCGGUACCAUUGCCGAUUUAUUCACAGCCUCGCAGCGCGGUAUGGCGAUUAGUUUCUUCGCUGCGGCACCUUUCUUAGGUCCCACCAUUGGGCCUGUUGUCGGUGGCUUCCUGGCAUCUGCAGCUGGUUGGCGAUGGGUAGAAGGCUUACUUGCCGCCUUCUCAGGUCUUCUUUGGCUAUGUAUCAUUUUCCUUCUUCCGGAGACGUAUGCGCCCGUGCUACUACGUCGCAGGGCAGCUAAGCUGUCUGAAAUGACGGGACAAGUCUACCGCAGCAAGAUUGAUAUUGAGCGAGGGCCGGUUCCUCUCGGAAAGACUCUGAAGACUGCCCUCUCACGACCCUGGAUCCUAUUGUUCCGCGAGCCUAUUGUCCUGCUCUUUUCGAUCUAUAUGUCGAUUAUCUACGGAACACUUUAUAUGCUCUUCGCCGCCUACCCGAUCGUUUUCCAACAAGGCCGUGGCUGGAGCGAAGGUAUUGGCGGUCUUGCCUUCCUUGGGAUUCUGGUGGGCAUGGUCAUUGCCGUUAUUUACAACUUCCCCGAGAAUCUACGCUAUGCAAAGAAGUGCAGUGAGACGACUGAUCGCCUCCCACCAGAGCUUCGGCUACCACCGAGUAUGGUUGGCGGUAUCGCCCUCCCAGUGGGACUGUUUUGGUUUGCUUGGACAAAUUACCCCAGCAUUCACUGGAUUGUACCUAUUGCCGCGGGAGCUCCUUUCGGCUUCGGUAUGGUACUUGUCUUUUUGAGCGUGAUGAACUACCUGAUCGAUUCAUAUGUUAUUUACGCCGCUUCCGUCCUGGCAGCGAACUCUGCACUUCGGUCAUUAUUCGGAAUGGCCUUUCCACUUUUCACGACCUACAUGUAUCAGAACCUGGGUGUUCACUGGGCCUCUUCCAUCCCAGCGUUCUUGUCGCUCGCCUGUGUGCCGUUUCCUUUCAUCUUCUGGAAAUACGGUGCGCAAAUUCGUCAGCGAUGCACUUAUGCUGCCGAAGCAGAUGCGUUCAUGCGCCGCCUUGCCGAAAAGAACCAAGUCGAGCUUCGUCGCGAAGAAAUCGCUCCCAAGAACGAGCAUGAAAAGGCUGAAGAGAUGUCUGAUGACUCCAGUGACACGGAAAGUCUCUCGACCGUGCCAUCGCGCAUCAGUUUGGGGCGUCUGGCCUCCCGGGCGUCUCGCCAGUCAGGAAGGUCAAUGCAUCGAACGCCAACGGCUACUCAAUAUGAAGAGAAUCCGUACGACCUUGAUAUCGUCAACACUCGACAGUCUGCCAUGAGCGGUCGCCGCCCGCAUGGCUGA